GCCGCCGUCGGCGUGUAACGAACGAGCGCGCGUUCUCAUUUGUAGUCUACGGCGCCUGGUCAGUCACACUGCAUUCACAAUGCGGGCCACUGUGUGCUCGAUAGCCCUCACUCUCUCCAGCUUGGGAUUCAUCAGUGUUACCAAUGCACAGGAUGGCCGCUGUUCGGUAACUUGCCGAGACCAUCCCAGCUCUACUGCGGGUGGCAGGCUGCUAACUCUGCGGCUGUCUUCUACGGGAGAGAGUCUGGGACAGCUGGUACACGACCCACCAGGCUCCAGCGCAGCAAACCGGAUGUACCCGACCUUCGGAGGAAAUGCAACAGAGUCUCACAGAAACGACUACCCCAGUGAGGCUCCAGAAAGUCGCCUCUUCAUUGGACGCAGGAAACACCUACGUGUCUGUGCGAAUUACUGCUCCAACCAACGGUCAUCUGACGAGAGAUCGACAUCGCAGCAUCAAGAUGCUUUCAGAUUCAAUAAUCGAGACGAACUGACCUUGACCCCUUCGUCAAGGCCAGCAAAUGGGAUCUCUAGAAGCGAACCCAAAGUUCUAGGGAAGUCUGACGCUGAUUCUACAAAGAAGUUCGGCAUUCAAAAUGCGAAAAAGUUUAUUGUAGCAAAACAUGGACAUGAUAAAUCUUCUAGGGUCAGCCACAGGAAGAUUUAGUCUUGAACUCUGGGCACUGGAUUGCAACAUGUAGUGAUGUAGUCUUGAAGUAUUAUUCUUCUGUAUAAACAUAGAGCUCACUGUGACGUACUACGUUGCGUGACGUAUUUACGUGGGCUAUUCCGAAAGUAAGGUCCGAUAGGUCGCGAAAUGGAAACCACGGUAAAAAUCAAAAAUGUUUUAUUUGCAACAGUUAGAUACACCUUGCAGCUACUUAUCUCCAUAGUCGCCGACCCGACUUAGACGUGUAUCGUAGCGUUGUACCAACUUUCCCAUACCCUCGCUAUAGAAGGCAGCCGCCAGUGCUCUCCGCCAAUUCUCUACGCUGGCCUACGGCUCGUUGUCUUGUGCCGAAAUGUUGUCUUCAUAACCAGCGGUUCAUGUGACCUGAGCUGAAACUCAGAGGGAGACAAUUACGGGCUGUAUUGUGGGUAAUCUCACAUUUCCAUUUGAAAACGAUGCAGGAGCAUCUUCAUUGCCCCUGCAGAAUGCGGCUGAGAAUUGUCUUGAAGACGAAACAGCACGACAGUUAUGUAAUGUUAGCUGCAUAGCUUCAGGGGAAAUUUCUCACCAGGCCCCCGUACUUGGCGGCAGACACUAUUUUCUAGACAUCUUUACGCACUCACUGCGAGCUCAGAAAUGAGAAGAGCGACGUGAUGCUAACUGGGGUUAUACUAGAGACACUACCCAACACAUCUGUGCAAAGCUUUAUCGGAUUUUCAUAGUCGUUUCCAUUUCGUGACCGAUCGGACCUUACUUUCGGAAUAGCCCUCGUACAUAAUUCAACAAAUGAGUAGGUUUUGAGAACGUGCAGGAGACUGUAAACGAAAAAUUUAAAAAUCUGUUGUUACGUUAUAUGAUUUGUUCCAUAGAUACAUAGGAUGAAGAAUAUGUCAUGAAAAAAAGAAUAUAUAAUACAUAUUUGUAAAAAAAACUGA